ACACACACACACACACACACUGCCAUUGCUGCUUCUCCAUCCCUUCUUGUAGUCGUUUAGUUGUGUCUGACUCUUCGUGACCCCAUGGACCAGAGAAGAAGAAGAGUUUGGAUUUGAUAUCCUGCUUUAUCACUACCCUAAGGAGUCUCAAAGUGGCUAACAAUCUCCUUUCCCUUCCUCCCCCACAACAAACACUCUGUGAGGUGAGUGGGGCUGAGAGACUUUGGAGAAGUGUGACUAGCCCAAGGUCACCCAGCAGCUGCAUUGCCUUUAGGUCAUGGCUGGGGCAGCUUAUGGCAUUCCAGUGGGAAACAAAACAUAAAAUGGGAAUGAAAUGUGUCAGAAAGCAACGAGAGAGGCACAGAUGUUUAGCAGCUGCUGGUCUAAAUAUCAGAAGAGCAUUUAUUUCAUUAGUCUACAAAGCACAACAAGCAUGCUCAUCACUUGAUUGCAAGUGGUCACUUGCAUGUGAGAACAGGCUCUUGCUUGCUCCAUCUGGCAUGGCCGUCUUCCCAGCAGGCCAAGCAUCAUGCAGCUGCGCUGGCAGGAGUUCAAAGUAGCCCAAAACAUCUGGAGGGCACCAGGUUGGGGAAGACUGCGCUAGAGAAAUUUAGCAGUGAAAAUGAAGGCAUGCAACAACAUAUUUUAUUGGGCUCCACUUACUCAGCCUAGAUGUGUGCUGCUGGGAAUAUGCUACUGUUAUUACAUAUUUAGCAGUUAUGAUCAUAAUUAUUUUAAUUAAUAGCCAUUCCAGGUUAGCCCUUUCUAGUCGGCUUUGGUGUCACAUUCUUUGUCAUAAAAAUCUAGGGUCACCCUUGUUCUCUUUGUUGCAGUUGGGAUUCCAGGUUAGGAGAAAACAUGCCCAAGCAAAGCACAGGCAAUAAACAAUCAACCUGACUGUGAGGGACAGAGCAAAAGAAAAGUUGGAUUUAGAACUUUUAUUAUCACUGCAGCUGCUGUUACUGCUCCUCCAGGUGUCUGCAAGUUGCUCUGCGCCCUUCUCUGCUUAAAGCUCCUUUCCUUGUCAGGCACUUGCGGUUGGCAAGGAGGAACCUGCAGGCUAAGGGGGCGGAGGGGGUGGUGGUGGAAGUGAGGUCUGUGACAGGAAGGCAAAUGUCACUCGCAGCAUCAUGUGGUCUAGGAAGGAACCAACUGCUUUUCAGUCUUGAAGUUCCCCUUUUGGAGAGUGACUUUGCAAGAGAGGAACAAAGCUUUGGGUGUGCUGAAUCUUUGGGGACAAUUGCUGCACCUCAAUUUGGGGGUUGUAGAGGCCCACAGGGUCUGCUAGUGGAACUGCCAUGGUGGUGAAUGUGAAUCUUAUGGGUCCAGCUCCAUGGGGCUUCCGCAUCACAGGGGGAAGGGACUUCAGGAAGCCCAUCACAGUAUCUAAGGUGACUGAGCAUGGCAAAGCAGCUCUAGGUGACCUUCGUCCUGGUGAUGUCAUAAUCUCCAUCAAUGGAGAGAGCACUUCUGAGAUGCUCAAUGUGGAAGCACAGAACAAGAUUAAGCAGAGCUCUGGGCAGCUGCAGCUGCAGGUGGACAGGUCUCAACAAUUUUCUCCCAGUCAGACAAAUGGUGAGAGUUCAGCAGAGUUGUUGUCCAUACGGUUUCAGGAUGUUGUAAGAACCAGAGACGAUGGUCAGAACUCCGUGAGAUCUUCCUACUCCAGCCCAGCCUCCAUCAGUCCACGGCCCAGCAGUCCCUACUCUCCUUCAUCUCCUGGAUUCCGAGCCGGUGGCCCAUACAGUCCCCAGAGGCCUGACCUACCCAAUGAGGGCAGAGGGGAAUCUGUGGUGAACAGCCGCAGCUUACAUUCUCUGGAGAGCUCGUUGGGAAUCUCUGACGAACCCUAUGGGCAGCAGCAUUCAAGCAGCAAGCAGCUGCAGGAGCGAAGGAGCACCAGCCACUCGAGUGGAUCUCCAGUUACAGUUCUGCUUCCAUUAAAUGGAUCUCCGUCCCCCGGAGCAUAUUCAUUCCGCAGCCCAUGGGAGAAGAGGAAGGACCAGGACAGGAACUCCUCUUCCUACCAGCGCAGUUACAGUCUGGAUACAGAGCCAGCCAUGCGUCAUUUGGAAGGGGACUCGGAGGUCUACAAGAUGAUGCAAGAAAAUCGUGAAACCAGGGCUCUGCCACGGCAAUCCAGCACUUUUCGCUUGCUCCAAGUAGCUCUGGAGUUGGAUGAAAAAGAGGGCUCCGUGACUCACCUUCCCAGCUCACUGUCUCCCAGCACACAGAAGCAGCCAGUCAGCAGUUCCAUGGCAGGAAGCGCCCAGAAGCUGCAUGUGUGUGAAAAGUGUGGCAGCAGCAUCACGACCCAGGCAGUGAGAAUCCAGGAGAGCCGCUACCGCCACCCCUCCUGCUACAUCUGCGCCGACUGUGGCCUCAACCUGAAGAUGCGGGGCCACUUCUGGGUUGGCGAAGAGAUGUACUGUGAGAAGCAUGCCCGCCAGCGCCACCAGGGGGCAGCAGGGGGCAGCCCAGUCACAGCCGUCUACUCGCAGUCCUAAACUGUGCCAUUGGCAUGCAGGGGAAUGAGCAAGAAGGAAACUGGUGUUGCCCCCACCCUGGAGGCUUCCUCCCAACAUCUAAUCUGUGUGACUUCCAGAGGCCUCCCUGGAUGGUCUAUUUCGAUUGGCUAUCAGACCUUUCGCUUUAUGCAGAAUCCCAGCCACUCAGGAUUCUGCCUGCUGAGACAGACAGGGAAGAGGAAGCCAGGAGGGCUCAGAGAUCUAGGGAAAUGGCAUUGUCAGCUUCUGGCCUAUUCCUUAGAAAGGCAAGCUUGGUCACAUUUGGCACUAAGCAUCUUCCGGAGGAAUGUUUUGCAGGAAUAGCUGAAAUUUCCUCUCUGCCAAGCUGUGCCUGCAGAGGGUCUGUUUGGGGCACCCCAUGGAACGCAGUGGUGCUGCCCCUGCCCCUCCCUGCCCCAUGGGGAGUGGAACCCAAACCCAAGUGGCUCUUGCCGCUUGCAGGGUAACUAAAGCCAUGUUAUUCCCUUCUGUGCCUCUAGCGCCUUUUUCUCGCCACGGCUGCCAACUUUCCUGUGUCAAUGUAGAGAUGGAAGAGGAAAGGAAAAUUAGGGGUGUCACUGAAGCACUAGGUACUGGGGUGGCAUGGAUGCAGCUUUGAAUACCGACUCUCUGUAAAGCUUCUAUAAAAUAUUCAGCCAGAUCUCUAUAUGAAAUAUAAUAUAUAUGUUGUAUGUAUGUAUGUAUGUAUGUAUGUAUGUAUGUAUGUAUGUAUGUAUGUAUGUUGUACUUGCUUGUGCCUGCAUGAAGGGGAUUGGAGAAAGGAGCCUAUUCAUGUUAAGGUUUUAUAAGAGCUUGUCACCCUCCCCUCAGCAGUUGCACACAGGACAGGAGUCUCUUACAGUGGUACCUCCGCUUACGAACUUAAUUAGUGUUGGAGGUCCGUUCUUAACCCGAAACCGUUCUUAACCUGAGGCGUGCUUUUGCUAGUGGGGCCUCCUGCUGCUGCUGCGCUGCCGGCGCACGACUUCCGCUCACAUCCCAGGGCAAAGUUCGCUACCAGGAGCAUCUACGUCCGUGUUAGCGGAGCUCAUUACCCGAAGCGGUUGUAAGGAGGACGAUACGUAACCCGAGGUUCCACUGUAUUUCGGGAGGGGGAAAGGGCAGCCUAUGGGGAAUCCCUCAUCAUACGAAAUGCCAUACGCAGUGAACAGAGGCUGUAGGAGGUGGCAUUUGAAUUGUUCUCCCAGCUAUUUCUGAGCAGGGAGGGAGUAUGCCACUGACUGAAGUCUUAGUUUAUUGUCAUGAGCUAAAGGCAUUGCUGUUAAGUGACUGGCAACACAGAGGCACAACAAAACCUGGAUUGACUACAGAUUGCCUGGCACAUUCCUGCGCUCAACAAGCAAAGACCACACAACCAAUCUUCCUUUUGAUGACUAGCAAAGCAAAAGGUGUAAUAGUAUUAGGUAUGGCAAGUUGCAUCUUGUAGGCAGUGUGUCAUAGCAGGGAAGCUCCAUCAGCCUCAAAAACACAACAUGUAAAUGAAAUACGUGUACAUAGCCUAAGGGUUUUUCUGUAUGAUCCUAACAUCCUAAGUGUUGCCUUGCUGAAUCAUACAAAGGAUCCAUCUAAUUCCAUGUUCCGAUUCCAACAGCCAUUCUUCCAACAUCUUGCUGAACCUUCUUCUUAAAUGUGGUGCAGGUAGUCGGCCAACCACUAGGGUAGUGAACCAAAGGUAGCCCCCCCCCCCAGUCACUUAGAGAUCUCUAGUUUCUGGCUAAAGAGUAUGCAGGAGAUGGUACUUGCACAUAAGCAAAUGUUAAGAACUUUAGUAUCUGCUAAAGGUUUGAAGAGAAGCAGAGACACAAGGGCCAGUUGAAGCUGUCUCCUUGUAACCUGUUUAGAGUAGGACCACCCAUUCUGCCCCCUUCUCUCUCUGCCUGUGUGUUUUGUCUCCAAGAUGCUGGGCUGUUCAGCCUGGUUAACAGUACAUGCCGUGUUCAGACUGCACUGGGGGUUCAAAUAAGUUCACAUCCUUCCCAUGUUGUACGCUAUCGCAAUCUCCCUUCUCAUAUGUGGGCUCACUGGUUACGUAUUUGUGCCCAGGCCAUGUGGUCUAGGUAUAGACACUUAGGAAAGCAGAGCUUAGACUGCCUGUGGGGGUAGAAAAACCUUUAUGCUAGAACUUGAGAGGAUCUUAUAAUAAGGCAAAGGACUCAGAUUUCCAAAAGCUAUAGAAACCCUAUUCAUGUUAGAAUAUGCUCUGUAACAUACCUGAACAAAAUAGGCUUGGGUGUUCUUCAAGUUCUGUUCUUUUAGCAUAUCAGUAAGUGACAUGAAUAGUAAAGAAAAUAAAAGAAAAUAAAGAGUCAGCUAUUAUAAAAAGUUAUUUCCUCUUUCUAGUCAAUUAUACCCCAGUCCGCCAUCUCCUCUCUCCCUAAGAGGCAGAUGGCCACUAACUCACUCUCAGCUCAACCUAAAAUGCUGAGCUUCAACUCUGCCCCUUCUCCUUAUCACAAAGCUUUUCUCCUUCAAGGUCACACCUAGAUCUUCCCAAAGAGGGAGUCAAACAUCAGUCAGCCUCUAUAGCUUGCUACUAUGCCAGUUUCACAAAAAGCUUGCUUGCUUUCCUGGCCAUAUGGUGGCCCAGCUCCCUUCUGCAUGGUGUGACAGAAUGAAAGAUGACUCGAUUAGCCAUUUUAUCUCAGGCUUGUGAUGGGGAUACAAGACCUGCCAUUUCCUGUGGUUACCAAUGUAAGGAAAGGUGUCACUGCGCAGUAGCCAUUCUUAUACUUUCAUGUGCAGGAGCUCAAAAUCCUCCUAUUGCAGGGAUCUACAGCCUUCCCUGGUCAUCUUGUCCCAUUUUCUGAAAGCUCUUCCACGGGGCAAUGUUAUGUUACACCUCAUGUAAUUAUGGCAAAUCCAUGGUUGCAUUAAAGUUUGAAGAUGGUUCUCUUCACUGGAUACUCUAGGGGUGGCCAAGGUGAGCCUUGAGGCUGCAUCUUCUAUAUAUAUAUAU